ACCACCACCACUGACUGCUUUCAGUGAGCAGAGCGCUUCAGUUACAAAUCGUUCCAUUAAAAAAAGCUUUUUUUUUCUUCUUUGCAAGCUAUUUCACUUUCACACUACAGAGCCAAUGUGUCGGUGACCGGAGGAAUCUGUAAAUUCUAUGAUUCCGCAAAAUGUUCGUCUUUCUGGAAAAGUCAGUGACAUCAAGAAUUUUCCAGCUCAGAGUUCUUGAAAUUCAAAGGUUUACUCGUAACUAGAUCUAGUCUGAAAUCCGCGACCGAUUCUUCCUUGUCCGAGGGGAAAAGAAAACAGAGGAGACCCAUUGAAGAGAGCUUAGAAUCUGACGAUGGGUUUCUGUAAAUUUCUCUUUUUGUUGAGUUCUUUGUGGAGUUUCUGCAGCUCGGUUUCGUCUCAGCUUCAAGCUUCUCAUGUACAAGUGCUUCUUCAACUGAAGAAACACUUGGAGUACCCAAAGCAGCUAGAAUCUUGGUAUGACCGCAAGACAAAUUUCUGCUAUUUACCAUCAACUCCACAGAUGAACAUCACUUGCUUAUCCAAUACUGUCUCAGAGUUGAACAUCAUCGGCGACAAAUCAUCCGAUAAGGCGGAUAGUUUCGAGGGUUCCGCCAUUCCUGACGUUACUUUGUCAGAUGGAUUCUCCAUUGAUUCCUUUUUCACCACUCUAUCGAGGCUGAAAGACCUUAGGGUUCUUACUUUGUCAUCUCUGGGAAUUUGGGGUCCUCUACCAGAGAAGCUUCAUAGGUUAUCUUCACUUGAACACUUGGACUUGAGUGACAACUUCUUGUUUGGCUCAGUCCCACCAAAGUUAUCUACAAUGGUAAAACUUGAAGCUUUCAUACUGGACAAUAAUUUCUUCAAUGGCACAUUUCCUACCUGGUUCCCAUCCUUACCGGAUCUUAGAGCUCUCGGUUUGAAGAAUAACGGGCUAGUGGGUCAAAUACCUUCUUCACUGCUCUCAUCUCCAAGCAUGGAGUAUCUCAAUCUGGCAUCAAAUUUACUGAGUGGCUCACUUCCAGGUAAUCUGUCCUGUGGAAGCAAACUAGGGUUUGUUGAUAUAUCAGACAACAAGUUAACCGGGGAACUACCUCCUUGCUUGAGCAAAAAGCCGUCAGAAACUCUGGUUUUGAAGUUUGGAGGAAACUGCUUGUCUGUGGACAAAAGACAGCAGCACCCAUCAUCAUAUUGCAUCGAAGAAGUUCAAGUGAAGGAGCCUCGAGCAGCUGUUACAGAACGUUCGGGAGGAAAAGGCAAAGGAGCUUUAGUAGGUCUGCUCGUGGGAAUAUCCAUGGCGGUCCUGGUUCUUGUCUUUGGCUUACUCGUUUUGGUCAGAAGGUAUUGCAGAAGCGGCAUAACGGAGAAGCACCUUCUCCACAAGACCAUUCAAGAUAAUCCAGCCACUGGGUUUUCAUCUGAAAUACUCGCUAAUGCAAGGUAUAUUUCAGAAGCAUCCAAGUUUGGCUCACAUGAUUUACCAGCAUGUAGACAGUUUAGCUUAGAAGAAAUUAGAAUAGCUACGAAUGACUUUGACAAGGCAGCGAUUAUGGGCGAAGGCUCGUAUGGGACGCUUUAUAAAGGGCACUUGGAGAAUGGAAUGAAGGUGGCUAUAAGGUGCUUGCCUUCAUCGAAGAAAUACUCGAUCAGGAAUCUAAAGCUAAGGCUAGAUUUGCUGGCGAAACUUAGGCACCCGAAUUUGGUCUGCCUGUUGGGUCAUUGCAUAGAUUCCGGAGGGAGAGAUGAUUACAGCGUCGAGAAAGUCUUUAUGAUUUACGAGUAUGUUCCAAAUGGAAACUUCCGGUCUUGUCUUUCAGAAAACAGCUCGGGAAAGGCGAUGAGUUGGUCGGAGAGGCUGAACGUUCUAACGGGUGUUGCAAAGGCGGUUCACUUCCUUCACACUGGGGUCAUCCCUGGAUUCUUCAGCAACAGGCUCAAGGCCAACAAUGUUUUGCUUAACCAACACCGUUUUGCAAAGCUUAGUGAUUAUGGUUUGUCCAUUGUCUCUGAAGCAACCAGACAUAACACUACUGUCAAGCAAAGUUCCUGGCAAAUGUCGAGGUUAGAAGACGAUGUUUAUAGCUUCGGUUUGAUUCUUCUUGAAUCAAUCGUUGGACCCUCUGUCUCUGCAAGAGAAGAAGCAUUUCUCCGGGACGAACUGGCGUGGCUGGAGAGCGAGGAGGGCAGGAGGAAAAUGGUGAAUCAGACAGUACAGGCAACAUGUUCGCAGGAAUCACUGAAAAGGGUCAUCUCCAUUAUGACCAAAUGCGUUUCUCCCGAGUCUUUGAGCCGACCUUCCUUUGAGGAUAUCUUAUGGAACCUACAGUACGCUUCUCAGUUGCAGUCUUCAGAAGGAUUGAGUUCAAAUGCCUUUUAAUCCCAUUUUUUUAAAAGAUUCCUGUGCGUGUAUUCACUGUAUUGUAUAAAAUGUUUCUUUCUACAAGUCAAUAAUAAAGUUCGAACCUUUCAAUGAUUAAA